UGAGGAUUUGAGGUAAUGUAUAAUUUCGAACAAAUUCUGUUUCAGCUCCAGAGAGAGUUUGACAGCACUCUUCGAAUGAGCCCAGAGGAGAUGAAAAUCAAGAAAAAAACAAAGAAGAUUAAGAAUAAAGAAAAGAAGGCCUUGAAGCAGAAUGAAAAGAAGUCACCAAUUUGUUUCCUCUCUCAAAAAAUGCCUUUCGUCGCUGGAACGUCGAUCAGCCCCAGUCAUUCAGUCCACGCCAAUGUCCAGAGUGUCCUUCACAUGAUGAAGCACCACCAGCCUCAGCUGCACGAGCGAGUGUCUCUGCUGCACAGGUCUGUGGAUGGAGCCAGAAGGAGUCUACAGAAAGACACAGCUGGCUCUGUGCUCCAAAGACACAGUGAAUCCAGUGAAUCUGAGGAGUCUCUGGGCUCCCUCUCCGACCUGCUCUUAGCUCUUCAGGAUGAGCUGGGACAGAUGAGCUUUGAACACCGGGAAUUAAUACACCAAAUUGACAGUACACAUGACCAUAAGAACAGGCAGGACCUGAAAAAUGAAUUAGAACGACUGGUCACAAAGAUGGAGGAGAAAGGAGCUCAAAUCACCAAACUCCGCAAGCACCAACAGAUGAUUCAUAAAAUGGCUGAGAGCCAAAAGCACACCUCACUUUGUGGAGAGACUCUGAAGGCACCCAUGAUCCACCCUCCAGCUCCGUCUCCUGUUAAACCCACAAAAAGACCCCAAAAACAGCCUAGUAAUAACCUGCAGCUCCUCAGAGAGACCCAGCAGUUUCGCAACUUUCUCAAACAGAGCGACCUCUUCUGGGAGACCUGAAGAGGGCAGUCUAAUCCCAAGGCUCAGCCCUGUCUGUAGACUGCUGCCAACAAGGACCAAUGUCUUGCUUCAUGACAUAAAAUUAAGAUUUCAGUUGUUUUUAUGCUUCAUUUUAAUUCAAUUAUUGGCGUGUUUGUAGCAAGCUGCAAGUUUAAUAUAUUAUGAACUACUGACUGUUAAGAACGCAUAUCUUCUUAGGUCAUGCAACUUUUUUUUUUUUUUUUAUUUAAUGAAGUGUAUUAAUUCCUUUGCCUAAGUAGUUUCAAGAUGUGGAGGAAGACAGUGAUUGUAGGAUCUGAAAUCUGUUGUAGGACUUUUGAAAAUUAUUAUCAUAUUUUGUAGCAGUAAAUAAAUAUAUUAGUCUCCAUGAAAUAUUCAAAAUAAAAGUGCACCCGUCUUUAAAAGUUGUUGACGUGACUAGUUCAUACUGCGACUCCCCACUAGAGGUCAGUGUUCUAUAUGAUAUGCAUAAGCUACUGGUAAUAAUCAGACAAUUAAGAGGCAAAGUUCAAGCUCAGAUAUCCUGUUUUACAACUUGUGGGAAGUGUAACGUCACACUUUUUUGUUUAACGAAUAUUUUCUGAUCAUUUACUGUCACAAAACUUUCAUUUUCCUCUAAAGUGCAUUAUGCAUCACACCUUUAACCUAGAUAAUUAUAUGACAAGACCAAAACAUGCUACACAGGUCUCCAGGAAGAAUAGCUAAGGUCAAUCAAUUAACCUGCCCAGGGACUACAGGUGGAAAUUAGCACUGGUGCUACAACCUGGUACAAUGCAUUUCUCCUAUUAAAGUGAAUGUAUAUUGUGAACUGGCCCUGUCUCCUUAAGUAAAUACUAAUAAUAACUAAAAUAAACUAAACCAAACACUGGUGUAAGCAGUGUGACUCAUGAAACACUAUCACAUGUCUUCAAGACUCUUAACAGUCUAAAUAUGCCCUUUAACAUUGUGACAUCUUUAGUGUUUCUUCUGCGAGUGGCUCCAAGUUGGAGGGGAAAACUGCAAAGAAUAAAGGCCUCAAAGGA